CGGAAGCAAAACACAAACAAAGAGCAUAAAUACAUAUAAUUUAGAAAAAUGGGGAGAUCUCCUUGUUGUGAUGAGAAUGGUCUGAAGAAAGGGCCAUGGACUCCUGAAGAAGAUCAAAAACUUGUUGAUUUUAUUGAAAAGCGUGGCCAUGGAAGCUGGCGAGCUCUCCCUAAGCUUGCAGGUCUUAACAGAUGUGGAAAGAGCUGUAGGUUACGGUGGACUAAUUACUUAAGACCUGAUAUCAAGAGAGGCAAAUUUUCUCCUGAUGAAGAACAAACUAUUCUUAAUCUCCAUUCCAUCCUCGGAAACAAAUGGUCAGCUAUUUCAAGUCACCUACCAGGGCGGACAGACAAUGAGAUCAAGAAUUUUUGGAACACUCAUUUGAAAAAGAAGCUAAUUCAGAUGGGUUUUGAUCCAAUGACACACCAGCCAAGAACUGACAUAUUUGCCACCUUGCCUCAUCUCAUGGCUCUAUUGAACCUAAAAGAAUUAAUGGACGCUCAUCCAUUAGAUGAACAGGCAAUGAGAUUACAAGCAGAAGCUGUCCACUUAGCUAAGCUUCAAUAUUUACAGUACCUUCUCCAAUCAGCAGCUUCACUCACCUCAAACCCUAAUUCCGACAUGGAAAUUAUUAUGAAUUUGUUGAACACAAAUUCAUUACAGAUUGAGAAUCGUUUUGGAGUUGAUCAUCCCUCUCAACCACUCCACUAUUCAAAUGUAUUACCUCAACUAUCUGACCCACAAGUCACUUUCAGUAGUUAUCAACCAUUUUUGAAUAGUGAUCAGAUGGACCAAGCUGCUGCGUCCACCUUAACUACAAUGGUCAGCCAUGGAGAUAAUCAUUUUAACCCGUCUGAUUCUUCGUGGGUUAUUCCGUCGCCCACUGAUUCUGUUCCUCCAAAUUUAACGGAGACUUCAACAAGCAUUCCCGGUGAUGCCAGCAGCACCACCACUUCUAGCUUUAAUUGGCCUGAGUUCUUUUUUGAAGACUCUGUUCUGCAUGAGAUUCCCUAGUAAUGAUGAUAUGGAACAUUUACCUAGAAGAGUUUUGGAGUUUGCUUAUACGGUAAUUAAUUUUGGGAGUCACUUAAACUUUCGGAUUAAUUUAUUUUGAUUAUUAAAUUUUCAUUUAUAUGAUUUUAACAAUUAAAUUUUAAUUUUAUUUCAACCAAAAUGAUUUGUAAUAACCAAAAAUCAUCAUUUGUUGAAAUAAAAUUAAAAUUCAAUCAUUAAAAUAAUAUAAAUUGAAAUUUAGUUAUCGAUAGAAAAUAUCUCGAAAAUUUAGUGAUUCUCUGAAUUAGUUACCCAUAUCUGCUUGAGUUUGUUGCUAUAGUAAUUAAACUUCCAUUUAUACAUACAAUAUAUCUAUGAAUGGGGUGUCCAUUUAUGCUUGUACACAGAACAGUUAUGCAUAUCUUGUAUAUACCUUAAAAAAAUUUGUUACAUUUCUACAUAAAUGUGAGAGAAGGAUCAUUUUGAUCCAUAAAUUUGUGUGGCA